AUGGGUGACGGUGAAUCGGUUGAUAUUGCCACAUUACCUCUCCCACAGUUGCAGGAAAUAGCAAAACAGUACGAACAAAAAGUACAAUAUAUCAGUGCUUCACUUCAGCAGCUCAGGAUUCUCCAAGGUCAAUUUGCCUCUUCACGUGAUUGCCUGAAACAAUUUACAAAUGAGAACAAGGACAAAACCACACUGAUUCCCCUAACAUCUACUCUUUGCGUACCCGGAAAGCUCAUUAAUCCAACGCGUGUACUCGUAGAUAUCGGCACGGGUUAUUUUGUCGAUAUGGAGGCAGAUGAUGCAAAAAAGCAUUUUACAAAGCGCAUCGAGUUUAUUGAGAAGCAAACUGAGAAAAUAGCUCCUAUUUUGUCUCAGAAAUCCCAGGAACAUCGAGCUAUCCUGGCCGUGCUCGAAGCGAAGGCCAAAGCGAUUAUGAAAGCCCAGGGAAUGAAACAGGCAGCCUAG